GUAAAGUUGGCGAGCCUGCAGAGUGAAGUAGAGCCCCCAAAAGACGGACGGCGUCCCGGACACAAAACAGAUGUCAGACAGUGAGGAGUCUAGUGAUGUGUACUCUGUGUAUGAGACAAAUGGACAGCCUUCUUGGGCCGAACACCAGCAGAAGCACCAGCAGGACCUGGGUAACGUAGAGAACCUCAGAAGGAAGAUCAAGUACUACUUCAUGAACCCCUGUGAGAAGUACCAUGCCCGAGGUCGAAAGCCGUGGAAACUCGUGCUUCAGCUCAUCAAAAUUGCCAUUAUUACUAUUCAGUUGGUCUCUUUUGGACUGAGCAACCAGAUGGUUGUCAUGUUCAAGGAGGAAAAUCUGAUGACAUUUAAGCACCUCUUCCUGAAAGAUUAUGUUGAUGGAGGUAUGGACACGUACGCGCUCUACAGACAGGGAGAUGUCUAUGACCAUAUCAACUACAUUGUAGAGCAGUACGGACUUCUACGCAACAUCACAGUAGGCAACCAUGCUUAUGACAGAAAUGGCGGUACGUACUCCCCGAUGUCAGUUUGUCAAGAGUACUACAGGAAUGGUACCAUCUACCCGGGAAACGAGACCUUUGAAAUUGACGCUGAGGUGGAAACUGAUUGCCUUGAGAUUUACCCGAUGUACCCCCUGGCAUUGAGCGAAGACCUUCAUGGUUUUAAACUACAUUUUAAAACGUUACUUCGCGUGAAGUUCAUGUUUGUUCUCAAGGCUAUAAACCUACAGACGGUGAGGCAUCGAGAGCUGCCUGAUUGUUAUGACUUCAAAGUCCUGAUCACUUUCGACAACCAAGCUCACAGCGGCAGGGUGAAGGUUAACUUGGACAACGAUGUCGAGAUCAAUGAAUGCAGAGACUGGAAAGUAACUGGAGCAUCGGCUAGAAACGUGUACUUCCCACUACUAUUUGACUGCCUCAUCAUCAUAACAUGCAUCACAUCCCUUGCCCUCUGCACUCGCUCAGUGCUCAAUGGGAUGCAGCUGCAAUUUGAGUACAUACUGUACUGCAAUAACCACUCCGGUAAAGAGGUUUCAUUGUCAGACAAGUUGGACUUUCUCAAUGGCUGGUAUAUCCUGAUCAUUGUCAGUGACACACUGACCAUCAUCGGCUCGAUCCUCAAAAUAGAGAUCCAGACAAAGGCCCUAACAAGCUACGAUGUGUGCAGCAUCUUCCUUGGCUCGGGCACUAUGUUCGUCUGGAUCGGUGUUAUCCGCUACAUGGGAUAUUUCAAGAAAUACAACAUUCUCAUCCUGACACUAAGGGCAGCUUUUCCAAAUGUCAUCCGAUUUGUCUGCUGUGCUGGAAUUAUCUACCUGAGCUACUGCUUCUGCGGCUGGAUCGUCCUCGGCCCAUACCAUAAAAAGUUCCGGACCCUUAACACCGUGUCGGAGUGUCUGUUCUCGCUGAUAAAUGGAGACGACAUGUUUCCCACCUUCAGCAACAUGCAGCAGAAGAGUCAGUUGGUGUGGAUCUUCAGCAGAGUCUACCUCUACACCUUCGUUUCGCUCUUCAUCUACAUGAUUCUCAGCCUCUUCAUCACCCUCAUUACCAACACCUAUGACACCAUCAAGCAGCAGCAACAGAGUGAAAACCCCACAUCAGAGCUGCAAAGGUUCCUUUUGGAGUGCAAAGAUCUGCCAAACUCUGGGGUGUACAGAAUCAAAGAGAAGCCCAGCUGCUUCCUAAACUGCUGCAUGUCUCGAUGCAACGGCCAUCGAGACAGGCUGAUCUCAGAGACAUAGUGUGUCUUGCUGCUGAUAUGAAGACAUCUGAAUACGAGAAGAAGAGAGGCUUAUGGGAUUUCGUGUGCUCACUCUCAAAGCUACGUGAUUUGCACUUAAAUAUAUAGUCUGUCUGUCGGGGGAAGCUCUGGUCAUGGCAGCU